AUGGACGCCUCCUCCCUCCGCAUCUCCAAGUUCGAUGGAACUAACUUCCACGCCUGGAAGUUCAAGAUGCAGAUGGUGCUGGAGGAACGGGACCUAUGGGAGGUCGUCAGCGGUGAGAUCAAGGCGGAACAGUGCGAGACUCAGUUGGACCAAGCGACGUACAAGAGGAAGUCAAGAAAGGCGAUGGCAGUGAUCUGUCUAGCCAUGGAAGAUUCCCAGCUACCGUUGGUCCGGUCGGCAAGUGGUGCAUGCGACGCAUGGUCAAGGUUGGAAGACCACUUCGAGAAGAAGAGUCUUGCCAACAAGCUGUUCUUGCGCCGUCGCUUCUUCACGACAAUGAUGGAAGAAGGCGACGAUGUGCUCGAACACAUCAACAAGCUCAAGACGCUGGCGGAACAGCUAGAAGCGGUGGGGGCUCCAGUCUGCGAGGACGAUCUGGUGAUCACACUCCUCGGCAGCCUGAGUGACUCGUAUCAAUUCUUGAUCACAGCUUUGGAGUCGCGCUCAGACACUCUUAGCUGGGAGCUCGUGACGUCUCGACUGCUUCAUGAAGAAAUGAAGCGGAAGGAGCAAGGAAGUAAAGGUGAUGAAGCUUCGCAAGGUCAAGCGUUCAUCACAAGGGACAAUCAGCGCAAAGGGCGACCAGUGAAGAAGUCCUGGCCGUGCCACAAUUGCGGAAAGAUUGGUCACUGGAUGGCGGAGUGCCCCUCGCGCAUCCAAGAAAACACGGAGAGACACCGGCCACAGCGUGCUCAAGACAGCGGCGACCGCUAUCGAUCACAACGAGCAAACGGCCGCCUCAAGAAGAAGACACGGCGACUACCUCUGUUCGAUCGGUGA